AUGACAACCCUAUUCCACGGCUCGUCUCCGAACUCUCUUCCCAACGAGAAGAGAGCCUUCUCCGGCCUUUCAAUGUCGUCGAACAAGCACCACAACGGCCACAGCCCGUUUCCGCAGAAGCUGAAGAACUUCUUCCGCAUCAACAGCAGUGACGAGAAGAAGGAUGGGUCGCUGAAAUCCGAGAGCAAGAGCUCAUUCCGCCAAUCCAAGUUCUUCCCCGGCUCAGGACGAAAUCGGUCGACGACGGUGGCCAGUGAGGGCAAUCCGUUGGAGGAUGGACUCAGCCCGACGGCUCAUGCCAACCCAUACUUUGCACACCAAGGCCCUCCGGCGCUGCGACAUCACAACGAAGGUUCGGUUCCUCCGAGUCCGCCAGAUACCCCGUCGCUUCAAGGUAAUGCCGUCUCGGGUGCCAACGACCAGGCCACAAUAGCUGGGAAAGAGGAGCUGGCUCGGAAGUUAAGGAGGGUAGCCAGCGCUCCAAAUGCCCAAGGGCUCUUUACGAAAUCUAAAGGGAGCGGUGACAGACCUGCGACUGCCGAGCUUGGUAAGGAGCCAUUGGCCCAAAAUGCAAGCACGAGCAUGUUAUCAUUGGUUGAUCCAAAGACGAAUGGCACCGGAGUCGGCAUAGCAGCACAAGACAGCCUAGGAGACCUGCAGCCACCUAACAUGCGGAACAUGGCAUUCAGAAGGACGUACAGUUCGAAUUCCAUCAAAGUACGGAACGUGGAGGUUGGACCAGGAAGCUUUGACAAGAUCAAGUUGAUUGGGAAGGGCGAUGUAGGGAAGGUGUAUCUGGUGCGGGAGAAGAAGAGCAGCAGGCUGUAUGCUAUGAAGGUACUGAGCAAGAGGGAAAUGAUCAAGCGGAACAAGAUCAAGAGAGCUUUGGCGGAGCAGGAAAUCCUAGCCACAAGCAACCAUCCAUUCAUUGUAACUCUAUUCCACUCUUUCCAAUCGGAGGACCAUCUGUACUUGUGUAUGGAGUACUGCAGUGGUGGGGAAUUCUUUCGAGCUCUGCAAACCCGGCCUGGCAAGUGCAUACCAGAGGAUGAUGCGAGAUUCUACGCGGCAGAAGUCACCGCAGCGUUAGAGUAUUUGCAUCUGAUGGGGUUCAUCUACAGAGAUUUGAAGCCAGAGAGCAAGUCCCCUCAUUAUAUAUUGCUUCAUCAAUCUGGACACAUCAUGUUAUCAGACUUUGAUCUUUCCAAGCAGUCUGACCCAGGUGGAAAGCCAACCAUGAUCCUAGGCCGAAACGGUGCAAAUGUCAACUCCUUACCCACGAUAGAUACGAAGUCCUGCAUAAACAACUUCCGUACGAACUCGUUUGUUGGUACUGAAGAAUACAUUGCACCUGAGGUGAUCAAGGGGUGUGGACACACAAGUGCGGUUGACUGGUGGACGCUGGGCAUAUUGAUCUACGAGAUGCUGUUCGGGACCACUCCUUUCAAGGGAAAGAACCGCAAUGCUACGUUUGCCAACAUCUUGAGAGACGAUGUACCCUUUCCGGAGAUUUCUGGAUCUCCCCCAAUCUCCAAUCUUUGCAAAUCUCUGAUUAGGAAGCUUCUGAUCAAGGAUGAGAACCGCCGUCUUGGCGCCCGAGCUGGUGCUUCAGAUGUCAAGACUCACCCAUUCUUCCGAACUACGCAAUGGGCUUUGAUUCGACAUAUGAAGCCACCUAUGAUCCCAAACCAAGGACGUGGUAUUGACACUGUCAACUUCCGAAAUGUUAAGGAAAGCGAGAGUGUGGACAUCAGUGGAGGCAGAGCGAUGACUCCAGUAGCGAAAGGAGUACCGCUUGACUCUGGACUAGCCACCCCAGGUGGUGAGGUUUUGGACCCCUUUGAGGAAUUCAAUUCCGUUACGCUUCAUCACGAUGGCGAUGAACACCAAACCGAGGACCUAAACAACGGUCGUUACGAUAACUGA